AUGGAGGGCUCCGAGGAGCUGGAGAGCAGCCUCCUGACACAGCCCUGGGCUUCUGUUUGCUUUGGCGAGUCUGCUUUUCUUGCCAAAGCGUGCUUCAGGGAUACUGGCUACAUCCUGCUGAUCUCCGACCUCAGCAGCGUCUGGUACGAGAGUGCAGACGCUGAGGCUGUGGGACAAAGGUCCAAGGAGCUGAACAAGCGGCUGACGGUCCACGUGUCCUCCUUCCUGCACCGCUUGCGCAAACUCAUGUGCCCCUUGCUGGCAGGGCAGCCGGAUGCCGUCACCUCCUUCACCUGCCACCGUGAUGCCAACGGCCUCAGCCUGCACGCGAAGAGUGAGGUCUCGGGACUGCCCUUCUACUGGGACUUCCACUGCUGCCCCGCUCCUGUGGAGAUG